AUGAACCGUAAAACCCAAAGAGCCGCAAACCAACUAGUACUCUUCCUCUCCAUCCUUCUAUUCAUCAUCUACCUCAACCGCCCCCAGUCCCAAGACAAAACCUACUCAUGGACUAAAAUCAAUUACAAAACGACAUCCCAAAUUCCCGAAUCCCGCGGCAUCUGUCCCAAACUAUCCAGCUUCAAAAAACCCGCCCUGGUCGUCUCGCGCGUAGCCGCAGACGGUGAUCCAAAAUGGCUCGAAGCACUUACAGACCACUACCAUCUCUGCGUGUAUAAUGUCGACGCCCCAAAAGACCUCAGCUCAGUCUACCUCCAAGUCCCCGCCAACCGCGGGCACGAAGCAAUGGCCUACCUUACAUUUAUAAUCGAUAACUAUGCCGACAUCCCCGCUGCUGGCGCUGUAUUCGUCCACGGAUCCAGAUGGGCAUGGCACAAUGAUGCGCCCGACUAUGACAAUGCCGCUCUCCUCGCCGUACUAGAUGUACCCCGCGCAUUGGAGCAGAGGGGUUACUACAACCUGCGCUGUGAUUGGAGUACGAGUACAUGUCCACGCACCGUAGCGGCGCAGGGCAGUCUGGAGAUGCGACUACAAUCCACGCUUGAACCGUGGAGCGCGCGCGCCGCAUCGGAUACGGCGCUACCGAAUGCGUUCGCGAAUAUCUUCGGUGGUGAUGACUAUAGCGCCGCAGAACGGAAAGCGAGGCUGGAACUCCGGCGAACGGACGCGGUGCGGUCACAGUGCUGUGCGCAGUUUGUCGUGUCGAGGGAACGGAUAUGGCAGCAUUCGCGAAUGGAGUAUGUUGCGUUACGGCAGUGGUUGCUUGAUGGACUUGCGGAUAGUCGCAGUUCUCAGACUCAUGGUGGGAAGGCUGCGCCUUUGGAUGACCGGGUUGCCGGCCGGAUUUUAUCUUAUCUGUGGCAUAUACUGUUUGCAAAGCCGAAUGCAGAUGGGGAGUUGGAGCUGCGCCAGCUUAAUCAGGAUGCUUGUCCUAGUGCAGAGGAUUGCUAUUGUCGUUUAUAUGGCCGCUGUAAUCUUCAGUGUUUCAAUCCUGGGACGUGCCAGGGACAGUAUCGGAUUCCGCCGGAUUAUAAGCUUCCAAGUGACUGGGCGGAUACGCAUACGUGA